AUGCGAAUCGAUUUCAUUUCAAUGUCCGUCACGACUUUUAUUCAGAGACGUUUCCAUUUUGGACAACUUCCCUUUCUGACAUUUCUUGUUGCUUGUUUGUUAUGUGCAAUCAUUUAUCUUCAACUUCAAAGAGUCAAACAACAACAUCAAACAAUCAACCAAAGGGUUGAUUUCCUUCGACAUCGGGAAGACUCAGCUUUCGAAAAAACCCAAGAUUUUAUUAAAAGAAAUCAAGAACAUUACAAAAUGGUGAUAUAUGAAGAGAAAUUUUGUCCUCAUAAUGGCAGCUGUGAUCUGAUAAAACCAUUCAUUCACUAUGAGAGCCGACAAAUGUUGGCUCCAUCAUACGGUGUCUCGGCUUGUGUCAUCUACAAGAAUUUCUCCACCGUUCUCACUUCAAUCAUUUGCUAUUUAUACGACAUCUUGAGAUAUCAAGAAAAGGUCAAAGAAAUGAUGAAGGACACAUACAAUCAUAGACUUUGCAUGAAAGACAACGAAUAUCACAGCUUCAAUAUUCGAGAUCGAAUGACUCCAAAAACUGCUGAAAAAUGGACAAACUAUCUAAUAGUGAGAGAACCGUUGGAAAGAUUCAUUUCUGGUUUUGUGAACAAAUGCAUACUUGAUGUUGUGAACCGCGACAAGCCAUGUUAUGGAUGUGACGAGAAUAUCACUUGUGUAAUGGAAAAACAAUAUCAAAGUUUGAAGACCAUGUCCAAUAAUAACAAAGCUGCGAGGAAACACACGGUUGAGGAUGCCCAUUUUGGCCCACAAUCUUGGCAUUGCGAAUUAAGAGCUCAUUAUUUGGAUUACAAAAUUCUUCAAUACUCGCCAGCAAAAACUGAAGAACUUUUGGAGGAAUUAUUAACAGAUUUCGAGGAAUUCGGGGUUCCCUUGAGUGUCACCGAUGAUAUCAGAGAACAGGUUCUUGGCGGAAAAACAUUUCAUGCAACUUUUGACACUCCUGAAAGAAUUCAUUACACAAAAGUGGUUGAAGAAAGCCCAUAUCUCAAAGAAUUACUUGUGAAAAUGUUUUACUAUGAUUAUGUGUUUUUCGAUUUUCCCUUGCCAGUGUUAGAAAUUGACAAGACUUCUGAUAGU